AUGGCGACGAAUUCACUCAAAUCCGAUGCAAUCAUGGACUUGAUGAAGCAGCAUCUCUCCACCGAUGCCGGUAAGGAGCUCACGGAGAAGAUCGGUCUCGUUUAUCAGAUCAACAUCGCUCCUAAGAAAUUAGGGUUUGAAGAGGUUUCUUACAUCGUCGAUCUGAAGAAAGGCGAAGUCACCAAAGGAAAAUACGAAGGAGGGAAAGUGGAUGCUACGUUUUCCUUCAAGGAUGAUGAUUUUGUCAAAGUUUCUACUGGGAAGAUGAAUCCUCAGAUUGCUUUCAUCAGGGGUGCGAUGAAGAUCAAAGGUAGUCUCAGCGCUGCGCAGAAAUUCACUCCGGACAUCUUCCCAAAGCCAUCAAAGUUGUGA